AUGACUAAUGAGUGGAUUGUAGAAAUGACGGCCGAAGUUAAAUCCUAUGAUAAAAAUCAUCUUCUGGAAGUUGGGCUUGAAGGAUUUUAUGGGGAAUCGAUGCCCGAAAAGAAACAAUACAAUCCAGGCUACCAAGUUGGGACGGACUUCAUUUCCAAUAAUUGGAUCCCUGGAGUCGAUUUUGCUACAAUUCAUCUCUACCCGGACCAAUGGAUGCCUGGUUCAAAUGAUCAAGCCCAAGCUAAUUUUGUGGAUAGGUGGAUCCAAGCCCAUAUCCUAGACUCCAAAUCAGUGCUUGGGAAACCACUCCUGGUGACUGAGUUCGGCAAGUCUUCGAGGUCAGCUGGGUACAGUGUGGGUGCGAGGGACUCCUAUUUUGGGAACAUAUAUAACACAAUCUACAGUUGUGCAAGAACAAGUGACGGCCCAUGUGCUGGUGAGCUGUUUUGGCAACUCAUGGCCCAAGGAAUGGACAACUUUAGCGAUGGUUAUGAGGUUGUCUUGGAACAGAGCCCUUCAAGUGCUGCAAUCAUUGCUCAACAAUCUCACAGGCUGUCUGCUCUUAGCUAGACUUCAUAAUCUGCCCAGAAAAUAAGGAAAGCAUUAAAUGUAUUUAAUGAUGUCAAAAAUCAGAG